CAUGCUUCAACCUGAAUUAAGUGUCAUUUGAGAAAUUGGGGCAGAAAAUGUCUAUCCCAAAUGUUCAUAGGCUUAUUCCAAAGUUCUUACGUGUAAAUGGCUUAACAGCAAACUCGAAUGAAUUAUCUCAUAACUAUGGUACCUACAAGAUCUAUUCCAUUAAUGAACAUGGUCCAUUUUCUGAAAAAAUAGGCGAUUUUGAAGAUGAAAAUUAUCUUUAUAUGAAUGAAAAAAAUCUUGUUAGACAUAAAAGUCUUAACAAUGAAUCUCAAUCUUAUGCCAAAAGAUACUACUCUACAAAAGAAGGUUCAAAACCUAACAAGUUACUCCACAUUUACGGAAGGAGGUGCUAUGCUACAAAACCAGAAAAUGUCAAAGGAAAAUUGAUGCAUGAGAUACAGAAACCAAUAGAAACGUUUGACGAUAAAGUUACAGUAGUAGGGAUUGGAGCUGUAGGAAUGGCAUGUGCUUUUAGUAUUCUAUCUCAGGGCAUCUCUAAUAACUUGGUCUUGAUAGACAUGUUCGAAAAUAAAUUAGAAGGUGAAAUGAUGGAUCUACAACAUGGCUCCCUCUUCUUGAAAGAUCCCAAAAUCACCGCUAGUACAGACUAUGCUGUAUCAGCUGGUUCCAGAGUCUGCGUUGUUACUGCAGGUGUCAGACAAAAAGAUAACGAAUCCAGAACAGACCUACUGCAAAGAAACGCUGACCUCAUGAAGAAUAUAAUCCCUCAUCUGGUGGAGUAUUCUCCGAAUGCUGUGCUAUUGAUAGUGAGCAAUCCAUGUGAUGUGCUGAGCUAUGUGGCAUGGAAAAUCAGUGGUUUUCCUAUGACUAGAAUCAUAGGCUCUGGGACUAAUUUGGAUACUUCGAGGUUCAGAUAUAUGAUUGCUAACAGACUGAACAUUGCACCUGCUAGUGUCCAUGCAUGGAUAAUUGGAGAACAUGGAGAUACCAGUGUUGCCGUAUGGUUAGUAGGUAUUAAUGAAAAAAAUGUCACUUGACAAAUGUGUCUCUCAGAUCAGGGCAGGGACAAGGGGAGUGUAUCGGCGAUUGAAAAUUGCAGAGGUAGGGGUAGGUGGAUUUGUGACAGGCACACAUCUCUCCACUACUCGGGUCUACUAAGGUCUGCGUUGAACGUGGCUGGAGUUAGACUACGCGACAUAAACCCCAAGAUAGGAACCCGUGAAGACCCCGACCGCUGGGAAGAUAUUCACAAAGAAGUUGUCUUGUCCGCAUACAACGUCAUAAAGAAAAAGGGCUACACCAACUGGGCUAUAGGUCUAAGCGUAACAUCCAUGGUCCACAGCAUUCUGAAAAACAUGAACAGCGUCCAUGCUGUAUCAACUUUGAUCAAGGGGUUACAUGGUGUGAAAGAGGAAGUUUAUUUGUCGCUGCCUUGUACUUUGGGUCAAAGAGGAGUUCUUGGAGUUAUCCAGCAAGUGUUGACGCCCACUGAGAGAGAGGCUUUACAAAAGUCUGCUCGCAUCAUGGCAGAGCUAAUCAAAGGGGUUCACAUUUAAAAAAUUGUGAGGCGAUGAAACUCCUCCUACCCUGAGGCCGUAGAGUACAGGGUGCCCAACUAAGAAUGCGAGGUACUGUAUCUGGGAACAUAUCCAUCGUGGAGGCUUGCGACAAAAAAGUUCUCACUAAAACGGCCAAGAAAAAAACUGGAAAACAUUUUCAAGUUUCUGGAAAGGUCGCUAGGGGGCGUAACUGCAAUCUUGAAUCUAAAAAAUUAUGUUUCUGUGAAUUCCGCUAUAUUAAC